UUUACAAACGACCCACAAUUUUGAAAAAUUUUAAAAUAUGCCCCACUUCUCUCUCUCUCUCUCUCUCUGCUCCUCCUCCCCCUCUCUCUUCUCCCCCGAUCCUUCACCGCCGCCUCUUCUCAACCCCGCGCCACCCUCCGCCUCCUGCUCCGUCGGCCUAACACCGACCGCCCCAGCGACCAAACCCCUCCCCUCCGCUCCAGCAGCUCUGUCUUGGCUUGGAAGCACAUCAGUUUCGCCGGUUGCGACAUCUCGGCGAUAAGCAGGCAGACGGAGCGACGACGGAACGAGAGGGAGCAUAUUAUAUCGGCCAUCCGGGGGCAUCUGCGGCGAAGCAGUCAAUUCCGGAAGCACUAUAUCUUGGCAGUAUUUCACUGUCUGCGACCCGACCUGGUCUGCAAACGAGGUGCGGAAGUGGACCUCAGGCGGGGCUGAGGAAGGGUAGAAGGUAUAUACAUAGAGAGAGAGAGAGAGAGAGAGAGAGAGAUGGCCUCUUCCGGAGAACAGCAAGAACGCUGCCCUGCUGCUGCUGCUGAUUCUCUCUCUUUCAUGGAGCUCGCCGUUCAACAGGCAAAACUUGCUUUGGAGAGCCUCGAAGUUCCUGUUGGCUGUGUAAUUGUUGAGGAUGGGAAAGUAAUUGCAUCGGGAAGAAAUCGAACUAAUGAGACAAGAAAUGUAAGUCAACUGCCAUGUGGUUCCCUUAAUUGUUCAAUAAUCUUUUUUCUCGGUUUUUCCUAUCUAGUGCCAUGUGCCUUGUGGUUCCCUUAAUUGUUCAAUAAUUCUUCUUCUUCUUAAGCCAGAAAUUUCCACUUUUUCUUAGGCCUAGCACGAGCUUUAAAAAUUUAAAUGAACUUCCACUUUUGUUCCCCAUAUAGCGUCUGUUAGUUUUUCGUUAUUAUUAUUAUUAUUAUUAUUUUUUCUGAUGUGGCAAACAUCCCACUGACAUGGCAGACGUCCCCAGCCAGUUGGGUCUUACAAAUCGUAGGGUCGCAACCAUAGUUUUGCCAGUCACCUAGUUUCGAUGACCCAAUGAACAAGAUGAACAUCUUCCUUUUUAAUUUCUAAAUUUUACUCAUGAAUUUCAUGGGGAAUUCAGUCAUGCUAGACGGGACAUAAAAGGUGGAAGUUUGUGCUUUUACAUGUAAUUUUCAGAAGUUCAUGCUAGAAUUAAGAAGAAGUGAAAUGUUCAGGUUUUCUGGUGUUCUUUUUUUUUUAAA